CGCGCUGCCGCCUGGCCUCGGCCUGGUGUGCGCCCUCCGGGGAGCCUCGGCCACCUAGGCCACCUCGUUCCCCCACCCCUCGGCCCUAGGGGCCCAGGCCCCGCCCCCUCAGAGCGGCCGCAGGGUUAUAUUGGGCCGGGGCGAAGGUGGAAACGAGAUGUAACAGCGGACGGCCAGCGCGGAGAUGCAGCUUCGGAGAGCCGGGGCGGAAAGGCGGCUACGGGCGCCAAGGCCUCCGGGACUCCGCUCCGCGGGCGCUCAAGACUGAGGGUUCCAGACCCUACCCCAAGGGUGGCACGAACACCGGUUGGCACCAUCUCCGUGCCCCAAAGAUUCCUGCCCCGGACCUGGGACCUCCAGUGAAGAACACCUCCUGGUCUCUUGAAUGGAUAGCAGAUGCUCACGCUUCUUCCUUCCAGCAAGAAGUCCCAAACCCGGCACACUUGCGCAUCAGAGGGUGGAACCGCGCCCCUGUACGCAUUCACCCCGAAGUCUCUCAUCCUUGAACUGAAGACAGUACCCACCCAACUCCUCCCUCUCCGCCCCUCUUAGUUCACCCAAUAAGCACAACUCCUCCAAAAAAAAAUUUCAGCGGAAGAAGCCUCUUCAACGGAAAAGUGACUGUCUCUCGCAAGAAGAGGGAGAGCUCCCAGGAAAGAAAGGCGAAGACCCCUGGCCUCGAGAUCUCCAUUCCGGCCCCCCGCACCAGCUUCCCAAGGCCACGCGAAGGAAAGGGUACGGCCCAGGGCAGGGACAGGGUGCGCGGGCAUGAAGUUGGAGGUGUUUGACCCCCGCGCGGCCCACGGGGACAAGCCGGUUAGUGAUCUGGAGGGUGCAGGCGGCAGCAACGCGCCAUCUCCGCUGUCGGCAGCUGGCGACGACUCCUUGGGCUCGGACGGGGACUGUGCGGCCAACAGCCCCGCGGCAGGCGACGGCGCCGCGGAGCUAGCGGGCGGCGGCGAGCCAAGCCCAGGCGGGGGGCCGGGCGAGGAGGAGGAGGGCCGGGCGGUGGCGGCGGCGGCGGCGGGGCACGCGGAGGCCUGCGCGGUGGGGCCGGGUGCGGGGAGCGCGGUGGGCAGCGAGGGCGCGCGCAGCAAGCCCUACACUCGGCGGCCCAAGCCCCCGUACUCGUACAUCGCGCUCAUCGCCAUGGCUAUCCGCGACUCGGCGGGCGGGCGCCUGACGCUGGCCGAGAUCAACGAGUACCUCAUGGGCAAGUUCCCCUUCUUCCGCGGCAGCUACACGGGCUGGCGCAACUCGGUGCGCCACAACCUCUCGCUCAACGACUGCUUCGUCAAGGUGCUGCGCGACCCCUCGCGGCCCUGGGGCAAGGACAACUACUGGAUGCUCAACCCGAACAGCGAGUACACCUUCGCCGACGGGGUCUUCCGCCGCCGCCGCAAGCGCCUCAGCCACCGGGCGGCGGCCCCCGCACCGGGGCUUCGGCCCGAGGAGGCCGCGGCCCACCCCCCCGCCUCACCCCCGCCGCCCGCACCCGCCGCCCCGGCUUCUCCCCUCGCGCGCCCGCCUGCCCGCCAGGAGGGGCGCUCCAGCCCGGCGGGCAAGUUCUCCAGUUCCUUCGCCAUAGACAGCAUCCUCAGCAAACCGUUCCGCAGCCGCCGCGACGGGGAAGCGGUCCCCGGGGCGCGCCUGCCGUGGGGCGCCUCGCCCUGCCCGCCGCUGCCCACAUAUCCCGCGCUACUCCCCGGCGCCUCUGGAGGGGCCCUGCUGCCGCUGUGCGCAUAUGGGACGUCCGAGCCGGCGUUGCUGGCCGCGCGCGGAACCGACGCGCAGCCCGCGGUGCCACCCGCCGCACCUCACCUCCUGCUCGCGCCCCUCUCCUCCUCGGCCCCAGCCAAGCCUUUUCGAGGCCCGGUGGCCGGCGGCGGCGUGCACCUGUACUGCCCCCUGCGGCUGCCCGCGGCCCUGCAGGCGUCCUCGGUCUGUGGCCCCGGCACGCACCUGCCUUACCCAGUGGAGACGCUCCUGGCCUGAACAGAGCCGCGGAGCCCCCCAAAGGUGGGCGCCUUCGGGGAGGCAGGAAACGCAGGCCGGGGCUUUACAUUUUUCUAGACAGACCAAAAAAAAAAAAAAAGAGAGAGAGACGUUAAUAGAAAAAUCUCCAUCAAACGUGCCUUAAAGCUAAAGCAUUUUUGACAGAAGUGUUCAAAUUUAAUUCAGAUUUUUUUUCAUCUUUUGUGACUUUACAGAAGACCAAACCAAUUCUCCAUAAUUGUUUUAGGUUCUUGACCAAGCCUGUCCUUCCCUCACUUCACAAAGACUUUUCCUAUCUUCUUACUCCCCCUUAUUCCUAUUUUUGUCGCACCUUCUAUCGAUUUGUCCCUUUAAAAAAAAAAAAUCAGGGAACCAUUCCAUAGGAUAAAUGAUAUGACUACUGUAUGGGGCUUAAUGGCCCCUGCUCCAUGUAAGUAUGUGGCAUUUACAGGCAUGACUGAGUGUGAGAGAGAUGUCAGAGAAUCUGCAGUCAUUUCUCUGCUAUUGACCAAUGCUUCACUGUGCCAAAAGAUUUAAAAAAAAAAAAAGUUGGGUUUUGUAAUUAAAUUAUUUAUAUAUUUUUGAGACCUGAAUUGAAAAUGUUGCAGGCAACGGGCUACAGCUUUAUUAGUGGUUCGGUGAUCUCUACCUGUGGUCUCCUUGGGCCAAGCAAUUUCUUUAAAGGGAAUGUUAGCAUUAUGUAUGUGGGGUGCCAGGACCACUGCCACCUGAAAGCAAGUGUGAUUUUUUUUAUUUUUAAUAUUAUUUUAUUUGUGUCUGUACAUAUUCAUGUAUAAAUUUUAUGAAACCCAGGCAUAGUGCUUAUUUUUAAUAAAAUUCACAACUGACUUUAA